GGAUCGUGAUUGAUUACAUCAAAUAUCUUUCAGAGAAAUUUCUUCGUAUUUUAUCCAUGCCAUAUAUAUUCAGAGAAAUUCUCUUUCGGGCUUCCUCGAUCGUUUAUCACCGGAAAAUAUCUUCCUCCCGUCAAAGCCGCCGGCUGCUCUAAGAAGAAGAUCAGAGACAAUAUUUAACAAUGAACAGUAGAACGCAUUUUGUGCUGGUUCACGGGCUCUGCCAUGGAGCCUGGUGCUGGUACAAGCUCGUCACUCUACUGCAGGCUGCCGGCUACCGCGUCACCGCCAUGGACCUCGGCGGAUGUGGGAUCGAUCCCCGGCGACUGGACGAGAUCCCCUCCAUGUCCGUCUCCGUGCAGCCCUUGAUGGAGUUGAUGGCCUCGCUGCCGCCGGUUGAGAAGGUGGUUUUAGUUGGGCACAGCUACGGUGGAAUUGCCAUUUCUCUGGCUAUGGAGAGGUUCCCGGAGAAGAUCUCGGCGGCGGUUUUCGUCACCGCCCUCAUGCCCAGCUAUAAAGAGCCUCCUGCGACUCUCUUACAACAAUUGUUCAAGAGGACGACAUGGGUAGAGUCUCUUCUGGACAGCCGACUUGAAUUUGAUGGAGGCCUGGAAAAUCCGCCGACUUCAGCAAUCUUUGGUCCGGAAUACAUGGCUACCUAUCUCUAUCAACACUGCCAACCAGAGGAUCUGGAAUUAGCCAAAAUGUUAGUGAGGCCAGGCGGGUUCUUUGUAGAAGACUUGAGCAAGGAAGGGUUGCUAAGUGAAGGCAGGUUUGGAUUGGUGAAGCGAAUAUACAUAGUGUGCGAAGAAGACGAAGUGAUCCCAGAAGAAUUCCAGCGAUGGACCACCGAGAACAGCCCACCUCAACAAGUGAUGGCCAUUGCAGGAGCGGCCCACAUGGCCAUGCUUUCCAAACCCAAGGAGCUCUGCCUCUGCUUGCAGGAGAUUGCUGCCAUGUCCAAUGUGGUGACAUGGAACUUGAAAAGAAAAUUGGUGAGAAGAUCAAUCAGUUCAUUGAUAGAGUUGAGAAACACCCAAACAAGAAAAAUCAGAUAUGUUUAUCCUUCUAUGAAAUGAAAAACAAACAAGCAACAAUGACAUGGUUCACUAACAAAGUUGAGCGCUCACACUGGGAAUAAUGGUAUAUAAAUUUGAAUGUGGUGCAACAACCGAAAGUGCAUUCUGGGAAGUCUCAUCAUUCAAAACUUGUAGUUGACCCAGGAGAGAGUAGUGCAUUGGAGGAGAGAAGCCAUCGACGGGCAGCACUGGAAGCAUCUCUUCGGGAGGUCUUGUUUCAGAUAAUAAAAUUUGUGAAUGAGAGAAAAGAUCAUGUUCCCCCCAUACCAAAUCUCGAAGGUGU